AGAAAUAGCUGUCAGUGAAGUCAUUGCACAAACUGUACCUUUAUUUCAAAGAGAUCUGAAUCUAUGAUAAAGUUCGCUAUAGUCAUUAGAUUGUAUGCUGUAAAACAAGUUCCGUAGAUUGCUGUUAGAAAGUGUUAUGGAUGCUAAUUCAGAAUAGUGACAGAUCGGCUACAGUUAUUAGUCACACCUUCACACUUAAACUGUGCGGCCUGCAGGCUGCAUGCCUCUGUAAAUUACCUAUUACUUAGGCUACAACUAAUUGUUUGGCUGUUUUAUCACUAAAAUGACUAAAUGUAAAUGUAGCCUAUCACAAAAGCUACACUAUAAGGCAAACGCUACAGCUUUAUGUUGAAUCUACAAUUCAUAAAACAUUACAUUUGCAUUUUAACAUAUCAGGCUAAUAGUUUGUAGCUACAGAAUUGUAUGUCAUGGAAGGAAGACACGGAUGUCUGUCAAGAAAAGUCUCUUCAACGUAGGCUAUAACUUUUUUCUGAUUUUUUUUUCUUAUCUUUUGUUCCCGAGCAGGAGCCGGCACAACUGCUUGUCAUUAGGAAUGCGAUGGUAGAUUAGUAGCACACAAAGACAUCUCCCCUCGACAACUGGUGUUUCAUAACGCAGGAGAGUUAUUCAGAGUUCAGCUGGCUGAAAGAGGACGGCCACCCGCGGGGAAACAGAAAUCCCGUCUAAGACUCGCAGGAUAAAGACAUGGCAACGAAAGGAGAUGCAUUACAGACAGUUUAAGGCAACUGUCCAACAAAAGGACAAUCAGUUCUCCAUGACAACCAGAAAGUUUCCUUGGCACAAGAAUCCCAUUAAAACCCACCAUACGCCUCAGGACCAAGAACAUGGUCAAGUCAUUGACCACAGACCUGCCAGACUCCGCUAAAGACCCAGAAGAAAGCAAGAGGGAUCAUCAGAAUAUUCCAGAAGAUCCCUGGACCCCCGGUCCUGUUCAUCCUCCUCCACUCCGACCCAAGACUGUGCCUUCCUUUAAAAACACUUCCUCUGCUACAAAUGGGGACUUUGGUCAGCUUAAAACGUCUAAUGAGCAGGAUAUGAAGUCUUCAGAUGUGUGUGGUGCGAGGGCUCCGUCCCCACUUCCUCUUCUCUGUCCAGAGCACCGCCCGCCUCUUCCCCGGUCCUGCUCCACCCCUUCUCAGCCCCUUUAUGAGAGAGCUCUACCACAGACAGAGCGUAGCCCUCAGACAGAGCGUAGCCCUCAGACAGAGCGUAGCCCUCAGACAGAGCGUAGCCCACAGACGAGGCCUCUUCGUCCUGCACAUCCACCCCCAGGCCUACACAAAGCUUAUUCCCUCGAUACCUUUGAUGAAAUGAGGACCACAAGUGGGACGCCUGCCAAUGCAAGAGGAAACUAUACGUCUGUGCGUCCUGUUCUUCCUCCACCACCUCUGUUCAAUCCCCCACCUCCACCUGCAAGCAGCAGACUGCUCCUUCCCUGUCCAGCUGCCGUGGACCAGACCUACCAUACCGAGUCAGUGUACAGUGAGAUAAAGGACUCCCCCUACCUGCACGUUCUACCUGAGGAGAACCACUUCCAGCCAUCCAGCAGUGUGUACAGGUCAACAACGGGAUCGACGACACAACAGUCACAGCCACAGUCCCGUUAUCAGAACAGAGGCGUCCCUCCACCCCCUGCUGAGUCUGAGAACACGGAGGAUUUUGAAAGUCUUCUGAAAUGGAUGAGGGCCAUGGGAAACAGGGAAAACAUUCCUCUGUCGCUGUAUGGUGUCAGCAUAGAGCAGGAAACAAGGGCAGUCAACCAGAGGACCCUGCAUUUGAAGAAAGCCUUCCGCCUCUUUAACUACCUCCUGAUUAAACGCAGCGACGCUCUGCGCAGCCACAUCUCCGACCUCAACAGCCUUGCCGACUGCCUGGCCAAGGUCCAGAAGAAAACCCAAACCAUGGGCAUCGCCGGGGGCACCGCAGGGGCCGUGGGAGGGGUGGCUGCCAUUGUGGGCAUCGCCCUGGCACCGGUGACCAUGGGCGCCUCCCUGAUCGCCACCGCUGUGGGGGCGGGCAUGGUGGUCUCUGCCGGCGGUAUGGGCGCCAAGGCAGCACAGGCCAGCAGGAAGGGCAGCAUGGUGGACAGGGCGAGGGUGGAGAAGGUGGUGUGGCACUACAAGGCUGACGUCACAGACGUAGAGCACUGCGUCUCCGUCAUCCUGGCUGGCGUGGACGUGCUGAGGAGACACAACGUCACCAGGCUCCAGAGCGCCGGGGUGGAGCCUGAGGCUCUGAGGCUGGCCACACUGGCACACACUCUGACCCCUGGCACCACGCACACCAGCCUGUCAUCCGACACUCUGUUCCAGAUGUUUAGAAAGGACAUGGACCAGUACUUUGUAGGGAAGGAUGGCCAGAGGCUGAAGAGGGGUACUGAGACCAAAUUUUCCUGCCAACUGCGCCUGUUUGCUCUGGGUCUACAGGCGCAGCUUGAUGAAAUGUGCAGUGUCUGGGAAAGAUUCACAUUUUUGGCCAGUGUAUGAAGGUGUGUGUGUGCAUGUGGGUGUACCUGUGUGUGUGUGUGUGUGUGUGUGUGUCUGUGUGUGUGUGUGUGUGUGUGUGUGUGUGUGUGUGUGUGUGUGUGUGUGUGUGUGUGUGUGUGUGUGUGUAGGAAUUAAUGUCUGCAAUUGUCUGUGUGACCAUGAAAUGUUAGAGGUCAUGGAAAUACACUUUUUUAGCUCUGAUAAGAGACCUAAUAUGUGUUAUCAAGGUCGUUUAAAAUGGAAUGUUAAUCCAUUGAAUAUACGUAAUUAAUGUAACACUGUACUAAACACAGUAGUAUAUAAUAAAAUAAACCCGUUAACGACGAAAA